AUGCCUCUUCAGGAGCCUGCCGAUCGAGAGCGCGACAUGUACUAUCACGGCCUUCCAAGCCACCCAAGACUUGUCGCCCGUUCCGGCACUACACCCUGGUCUCAACCUCAUGAGUGGCCAGAGCGCAAGAAGCUAGACGUUGCUACCGGGCACAAGAUUCAGCAACUGUGGAACGACCCGCAAGGAUCCCUCCGACAGCUCGUCGUCAGCACCCUGACUGGUGUCGAGUGGAACGCCAUUGAUAUCUUGCGCGUUGGUUACGAGAGCGCAUACGAAGAUACCGACCGAUCAUCAGAGUGCCCAGUCACCAUGCUGAUUUCUGUAUCUCAAGAUUCCACCUCAUUCCGACGGGCAGAAGCAGCUAUCAUCGCGUGCAAGGAUAUCCUUAACCGGUUCGACCUCGAUGAUGUCCAGGUUGAGAUGAAGGAAAGCAUCGUUACAUUCGCUGCUACCAGCCCAAUAGCUACCACGAACUCAACACAGGGUAGUCAGGUAGCCCGACGCCUCCUACCGGGACCUUUCACCAAUGAUUUCGCCGACUUGAAGUACGAGACCAUUCGUGAUAUGUCGGAAUACGUUGGAACUUCUAUCGGCGCAUCUCAACUGCCUCUCGAAAAACAGAAAAGCGGCACCAAGUGCGUCCAUCUCCGUGGCGAUAAUGGCAAAACGUACGCGCUCACUUGCCGCCAUGUUCUUUUCCUCGAUGAGGAUUGCGAAGAGUAUCGCUACACAAGCGGACAGAACAUUGUGGCUAAAGAUGUAAUUCAGCCAGCAAAGCUAACCGGGGACCGGGUAGUGGAUUCCUUCGCCAGCAAAAAGCAUGGGUUCGAUAUGAGCGUCGACCUUACUGCAAAGCCCUCUCACAGCAACCCAGAUUUCAAGGCGGCGCGACCGGGCUUCCUGCGGAAGCAAGCCGUGGUGCAAUCUUGCCAACCACUCAUUGAUGAACUCAACAAGGGAGGAAGUGCUGUUGUUGGUCGUGUAGAGUUCUCGCCUCUUAUGGAGCUUUGCCCUCAAGGUCUCAGAUUCAAAGAUUGGGCACUCGUUGAGCUGUCUCAGGAUGGUUUCACUACUGGCCUUGCCCAACUGAAGAACAAGGUUCCAGUCACGCAGAAACUGCAAGUUAUGCUGACCGAAAUCUCGGGGUCCAUAACCAAGAGUGAACGGUCAUUAGAUUUCGAUGAUUCCCUGGAAGUCGAGAUCGGACCUGACACUAUCGAUGGAAGUGACCUGGAGGAUGCGACACACAGAAAUCUACGUGGCGAUAAGGGCCUCAUCGUCAUGAAGCAUGGCCUCAAAACUGGAUUCACCAUCGGACUCGCCAAUGGGAUUCACUCUGUCAUUCGCCACGCGUCUGACGUUGUCGGUGACGUCACCUCGAGUGAAUGGUGCAUCAUUGGAAUGGAUGGCAAGGCAUUCUCUGACGUGGGCGAUUCAGGCGCCUGUGUCUUUGACCUGGAAGGUCGGAUUGGCGGUAUGAUCACUUCUGGAUUGGAGGCUGGCAAAACCCCUCUCGGAGAGCACGACGUCACCUACGCCACGCCUAUGCAGUGGUUUUUGGAGGAUAUCAAGGGGGCAGGGUAUGAUGUGAAACUACCUAAGUAG